AUCGCAAUGGCUCAUUGUUUUCAAACGCCCCAUCUGAUUCUGACAGUGACAAGUUUGUAAAAGCCCCAAAUCUCUGCCGAGUGUUUUGCGCCCCAUUUUCCCGAAAAUGAUCGACCCUGCAAAGUUGCGGCAAUGGCUAGCGAAGUACCAGAACCCGGACUCCACUUUCAGGGACAUCAACAAUGCAGUGAACCACUACCAAGGGCUACAGCCGCAGCAGGACUCCUACACUUUUGUGGACGGCACCACCAUGGACUUGGUUAAUUUAUCAGGAACAAUUCCAGUCACUUACAAAGGGUCGACGUACAACAUUCCCAUUUGCAUUUGGUUAAUUGACACGCACCCGAAGAACGCGCCCAUUUGCUAUGUGAAACCCACUCCAGACAUGGCGGUUAAAGUGUCGAUGUUCGUGGACCAGAAUGGAAAGAUUUAUCUGCCCUAUUUGCAUGACUGGGUUCCUAGUGCUUCUGACCUGAUCGGCCUGAUCCAGGUGAUGAUUGUGACCUUUGGGGAUCAACCCCCUGUGUUUGCCAGGCCAAAGGAAAGCAACAGUCUGCCUUAUCCACAUGACUCUUUCCUGCCGACACCGACGAGUUAUGGGGGGCCGCCCUACCCGUCCAGCACCCCUUACCCCAUGCCUGGCGCCUACAACAAGCCGGGCUUUCCUUUUUACCCGCCGACCACUAAUAAUGCCUUCCCCAGUUUCCCUCCUUACCCCAACAGUCCGUUUCAAGGGUUUCCCAAGCCAGGGAACUUUGGGGCGGCUGAUGUUCCCAUCAGCAGUGGGACAAUUAAGGACGAGCACAUUCGUGAGUCGCUGCUGACGGCCAUUGAGGAGAAACUGCUGAGGCGGAUGAAGGAGCAGUAUUUCCAAAAUCAGGCCGAAUUGCAGACGCUCAAAAGGACCCAGGAAGAACUGAAGCAAGGCAAGGCCAAGCUGGACGCCAUGUUGAGCAGGCUGGAGAAGGAACAGAAUGACCUGCAGAAAAACGUGACUCUACUGAAAGACAAGGAGCAGGAGCUGAACGUGGCCAUUGAAAAGAUUGGAACUCAAGAAGCCAUUGACGUGGAUGAUGCAGUAACAACCACGGCCCCCUUAUACAAACAGUUGCUCAAUGCCUUUGCGGAAGAAGCAGCACACGAAGACGCCAUUUACUACAUGGGGGAGGCUUUGAGGUGUGGAGUGGUCGACCUGGAUGUGUUCUUGAGGCAGGUCAGAGCGCUGUCGAGAAAACAGUUUAUGCUGCGCGCUCUCAUGCAGAAAUGCAGACAGAAAGCCGGGUUGGUUAUUUGAAUUAUUGCAAUUGAAACAAAAUAGGUAACAGAGCCUGAUUAUUCGUUACUAUCUAGAGAUAAGCAGUUAUAGAGUAUUUUACUAUAUCCUUAUUUAAAGUUUUAAAGUAGCUUGGACGAAAAUAUAUUUUCUUUUAUAGCC